AUGGAGGACGAAAUAAGAAACCGUCACGAAAUGAAACUCCUCGCCCAAGAAGGCAAACCCUCCAUCACAAACUACACCUACAACCCCACCAACUUCACCCUCCCAGCCUACCUCCAAGUCCCAAUGGAAUUGAACCUCGCCCAAUCCAACCUCCACCAAGCCGCCUACAACGCAAUCCGAGGAAUGAAAGAAAUCAUGCACUUCCGCGACUACCGCUUCAGCUUCCUCUGCCCCCAAACCCCCAAAUCAGACUGGACAAUCCACUGCAUGUCAAUGCAACGACUCAGAGAGUGGCAGAAAUAUACCUACCCACCACCACCAACCAAUCCAGGACUAGUACGUAACGACUUCACUCUUGCCCCACGGCCCAGAUUGCCCAAGGAGGCAAUUUGCAUCCGUCUUGACUCGAAGUAUUAUGGCCGUUUUGUGUCGUCGUAUGUCAACUUUUUGGAUGACUUUUUUCAUGGAGCUUGGACUGAGUACAUGAAGUGGAAGCAUGAGGUUGAGAGCCUUGCUGCUCAUGUGCUUAGCGAGUUUGUUUAUCAUGAGUGGCGGUAUUGGUGGGAUACGGAGUUUUGCAUUAAUAUGCGUAAGUGGGAAGGUUGUUGUGCCUUGUUGCCCAUGCCCCUGUGGGAGGAUGUUAUCGAUGAACUUUAUCUCAUGAUUGUCGAUCGGGUCGAGGAGCCUGAUCAGAUUGCCUCGUCCCUCUGGCGUAUUGGCGGCCGUUACGGCCAAGAAAGUCUCGUCAAGAUCGAGUCUCGGUCUGGUGCGUCUCUCUUUAUGGGGCUGGAUGUGGUCAAUGACGUGGAUACUGAGGUCAAUGUUUACCUUGCCCCGGAUGCUAGCCAUCCUACCCGAGGAGUGGAUGAGGGGGAUGAGGAGAUUCAUGUUUGUCUGGAUGUCCGAACUAUCGACUUUGCUCUCCGGGUCUAG